AUGAAUCUUAGAACAGCGCCAUCUCUUAUUCUAAAUAAAAAUUACUAUGGAGUGGUAAAAGAAAAGCGCGACUUUCGAGUAGUAGACUUGUCGAUAGUUGCAGUGCGUUUGGUAAUUAAUAUUAUCCUCCUCGUCAUAAGCGGAAAAAUGUCCUACUCAAGAUACGUAUUAAUAGAACCAGAUCAGCGCCUAGCGGAACGUCACGACCAGUUUACUGACAAUCUGAAUGUGAAAAACCCGGAGCCUGUGAAAGUUUACGAAAUGUCCCAGAGGGUGCUUGACGAACUCAAACUCAUCAAGGAGAUCAGCGCGACGUUGCAGGAGAAAAAGAAAGAGUAUAUAGAGAAGGUUAUGCAAGCCGCUGAAGAAGCUAAGGAGAAUGCUAAAGAGGCAGUGAUAAAGGGAGCUGAAGAACAAGCUGACAUGGCUGUAAAAGAAUAUUAA